GUUGCUCCAGAUUAGUAUGUGUUAGUGAAGUAUGAUUACUGUAAAUGUGAAUCAGAGUUAUUUUGUUAUCGAAGUGACAGUUUGUGUACUACUAGCCGUAAUGUUGUGAAUAUUAUAAUUAAACUUAAAUUAUUUGUGUAUAUUCUGUGGCCCAUUAAAAAUAACUUAAACGUACUAAUGCAAGUAAUAAAAUCAUUGAAUGUCCACAAACAAUUUUCUUCUGUCAACAAACAAUCAGUGUAAAUGUAAAGUCGUCUAUAUAACCUAAUAAAUUAUUUAACUGAAGUAUUCAAUAAAGGGCUUAACUUCGUUGACUUGCUACUUACUAGGUUAUGUUAAUCUCUCUUAAUACUAAUGGCCUAUCAAACGUUUCGUCAAGAAUAUCUUCAAAUACCUGUAGUUACUAGAGCCUAUACAACUGCAUGUGUGUUGACAACAUUGGCAGUACAAUUGGACCUGGUGUCACCAUUCCAGCUGUACUUCAAUCCCAUCCUCAUAUUAAAACAAUACCAGAUAUGGAGGUUAGUAACGACAUUUCUGUUCUUCGGAACAAUUGGAUUCAACUUUAUCUUCAAUAUGAUAUUCACAUACCGUUACUGCAGAAUGUUGGAAGAAGGAUCUUUCCGAGGAAAAACAGCUGAUUUUGUGUUAAUGUUCUUGUUUGGAGGUGCAUGCAUGAUUAUAUUUGCUUUCUUCAUCAAUCUGUUAUUCCUCGGACAAGCAUUCACGAUAAUGCUAGUCUACAUUUGGUCCAGGAGAAACCCUUUCACUCGGAUGAGUUUCUUUGGCAUCCUCAAUUUCAAUGCCCCCUAUCUGCCGUGGGUACUGCUAGGCUUCUCUGUGCUGCUAGGCAAUCCUGUGUGGGUCGACCUGAUGGGGAUGAUCGUCGGCCAUUGUUAUUACUUCAUGGAGGAUGUCUUCCCCAAUCAGACAGGCGGGUUCCGUAUCCUCAACACCCCACAGUUCUUGAAGUCACUGUUUGAUGCACCAGCAGACGAUGCCGACUACGUGCCGAUGCCAGAAGACCGACCGGGUGGCUUUGCGUGGGGAGCUGCCGGAGAAAAUCCUCCUCAGUGAUGGAUGUGUUUGUGAUACCUUACCAAAGUAUACAACUGUUGUUUAUGUGCACAAGUGUUGUGUUGUUCAUACGGACCAGACCCUUACCCUGGCCUUUGGUUUAUAUUUAUUGUAAUAUAAUUAAUUUAAAAGUAAAGAUGUUUUCUCAAUUUUUA